AGAACAGGCUAUUCUGUUAAAUCUGGGACUUAACUUGAAAAAGUUAAAAACCAAUACAGUCUAUUCACCCCCCCCCCUCUAGACUGUAUCCAGUACAACCGGGACCAACAGGAAGUAUUUAUAGGGAAAAUACGGGCUGGGCUCCCAAGCCUUGGGCUUGGGAGGCCCAUUUACAACUGGACCGCUAUUGGUCCGAAUACAAUGUGUGUAGAAAUGAUUAAGUGUGAAGUCUAGUUCUCUGAGGGUCUGGCCGACGAGGGCACGGCCGACAGGGGCACCCAGGUUCCCUGGCUUCAGGAUCAUAUUCCGAGUUGGUCCCUCUUCGGCCGACGGGGGUCCUUUGGCCGACGAGGGCACCGCUUGAUGGCUUGUGCUUUCUGUUCUUCUGAGUAUGUGGGUCCUGGGGCCUAGACCCAUAUACUCCAUCAGGAGUCCCCCACUCUCUAAGAUGAGAUGUAGACGAAGUGAAGGAGAGUAGAUUUCUGUGCUUGAUGCUCUUGGCCUAUGUGGGACCACCCUGGCCGUUCUCUGUCAUGGCGUUGGUGGCCCUGUUCUGGAUUUGGCCGUUACCUGCCCCUUGAUAUGGACGGGGGAGGCUGUCAUUCUUUUGGCGCGCUUCUGUGUGGACGAUGAGUGUUCUGGACUUCUUGGCCGAGGAAGGUAGUGUCUAUCCUUGAUCGUUGAUGGUUGAACUUUCCUUUUGGGCCGAUAAGGCCGUUGAGGUUGUGUCUUGCUUUGAGGACGAUGAGCGUCCUUUGUUCUGCAUGGCCGGUAAGGGUGCUAUGCACUCCUUUUGGCCGUCGUCAAUGACGCCAUGUGCCUUUGGCCGAUGAGGUGUCGUGUUGCCCAAGGUUUUGGGGACGAUAGCAGUGUCUGGCCGGAGAUGUAGUCAUUAGGACCUUGGAACCGUUGUGGUACAUGGACGAUGUGGCCGCACUUGUAGUUGCAAUUGUGUACUUUGUGCAUUUUUGUUUCUCAUUUUGCUUUCCAUUCUUGAGGCCGGUGUAGUCCCCCAGUCCCCCACUGCUUCACGCCGAGGAGUCUCUGAGGGAUGAAAGAGUAGCUUGAAACCUAGGCCGAAGCGGGAUCCUCAUACUGCCCUUGGAUCCAACCCUUUGGCGAUUUCCUGACCAAGGUAACCCUAUGGGAGAACCCUUAGACGCAGGUCGCUUUCAAAGGGUUAUCAUCAAAGGUUUAGUGCGAGGGCCUAAUGGCUGUUGGGUUCCUUUCCCUUGGGGUGUUGUGGUCGUUGAUCUGUGGAGGGGGCUUGGCCCCUUGACAAAGUGGUGGCAUCCCAUUGGUGGCCGUUGGUGUGGCCACUAGGGUGGUGCCACGUGUAGUUACCGUUGGGGGGGGGGGGGGGCUAUAAAUACCCCUCCCAUUCCGAAGAAAGCCUUCAUUUGCAUCCUGAGCAAACGAAGUGCUGCCCAAAAUUCUAGAGAGAUAAAAGCCUUUUGCGAGUGUUCUUCACCUCCUUCAAAACUUCAAGGUCAGUUCCUUAACUUUUCUUCGACUUCUUACAUAUUUUGCUCCCUCUAGACUUUGAUCUAGUGUUAGUCACAAAACACCUUAGAUCUAAAGUAGACCCCCUUAGUGCCUUAGGAGUUGUUAAGAUGAAAACCCUGAACGAGGAGUAUUACACGUAUGACGACGAGCCCUCCGUCAAGUCUCUUGACUACGACGUGAUCGAAGAGUGUGCCGAGGAGAUUUAACACCCGAGCCCGUAAGUCUGGAGAUCAUGUGGACGAGGAGGUCGAGGACGAGGGGUCCACCUCGUCAUCUGAGGGUGAGGACGCAGGGGUCUCCCGCAUAAUGGACGGGGCGUCUGCCUCUACUACCAUUAUGUGCCCGAAGCCGGUGUCUGCUGUGAAGGGGGCAUCGCGGCUGAAGAGGAACAGGCGGCCGAAGAAGGGCCUGAGUUUCUCUUACUUGGACCUUACCAAUAUUUUUCUCAUCAAGCCGGAGAGUAGCGCUGCUGAUUACUUGGUCGCACAGAUGUACGUGGGGCCGUUUGGGAGGGUUAGGGCGCCUAGGUCGACGGACCACGUGCUCAAUCCGCCACCGGGAUACUUCAGAGUGUAUCCGAUGAGCUUUGUCAAGGGGCUAAGGUUUCCCCUUCACCCCUUCAUCAAGGAUUACUUGGACAUGGUGGGACUCCCUCCGGCCUUGUUGACCCCAAACAGCUACUCGUUGAUGGUGGGGUUCCUCCUCUGCUGUGCUGAAUUGGGUUACAAGCCGACGACGGCCCUAUUCAUGAACCUUUAUCAGAUUGGCCGAGGGAGCCAUAAAAAUUGCGCCUGCUACGCCACUCUGCAGCAGCUGCCGAAGAAGAGGACUUUCACGAACUUGCCUUCAUCCAUACAUGGUUGGAAAAGCAAAUUUGUCUUCGUGUCCCUGGGCGAGGGUGGCACUGAAUUCCCCUCCGUCGGCCAUGAUGGGAGGUUCAAUCUUCAUGACCCGCCGAAGAGUUCGAUCCUAGAUGCUCAGGUGGAGGCGUUCCUGGGGGGGUGAGGAGCGUGAAGGAUUACAUCACGGAGUACAAGAUGACCGCUAUCGGCUUCUUUAGAUACUUCGUGUAUGGUGACAAGGAGGAUGACGUCCAACUGUGGCCGAGGAUGACCACUACCUUUGAGGAGGCCGACGGCCUAGAUCUGGGCGUCCUUGCCGAAGCUGAUGACUUUGUGAUGGAUCGCCGAUCAGUGAUGAAUAAGGCCGCCGCGAAGGCGAAGGCGGAGCUGGCCGCCAAGGAGGCCGCGACGAAGGCGGCUGCAAGUCGUGAUGUGCCGAAGAAGCCACCCCCCAGCCGAAGAAAAAGUGACCGGUGGAUGAUUCCCACAAGAAGCUGACUGAGGCCGGCAUGCAACCCACCAAGAAGUCCAAGAACGCUUCGCCUUCCUCCGUUGCCGACGAGGUCAACGCUCUGACCGUCCCGAUUGUGGACGAAGGGGGACCCGGUGCUGCUGCUGCCUUUGUGGAUCUUACCUCCGGUCUCUUCGGGGAUGUUUCUCAACCCCUCCCCCUCGCUCAGGGGUCCCGGCCGAAGUGGUCCGGCAAGGAGGUGGCUACGGCCACAUAUAAGAUUGAGGUUGAAUACCCCAAGGACGAGGGUGUCUUCAACGAUGGCGUUGACGACCAUAAUGUGCUCUCUCAGGCCAUUCAGGCCAAGGACCGGAUUUAUCUUGACAAGCUCGGCGAUGUCAAGGUAUACGACGGGGGGAUGGACCUUGUCGUCCAGGGUGCCUUUAUGCUCAUGGAGAGCAACAAGAGGCAACAACGGGAGAUUGCCCGUUUGAAAGAAUUUGAGCAGAAAGCAGCUUCGGCCGAUGAGGCCAUGAGCUGCUUGGGGAGGUUGUGAGAGGACAUUGCGGCCUUGCAGAAGAGGGCCGAUGAGGCGGAUGCGGCCAAGGACGAGGCCCUAGCCAAACUUGCCGAAGAGAGGAACGCCCGUGAGGCUGAUCGUCGGCGGGCCGAUGAUGCCGAGAAAGCCAAAGCCGAAGCCGAGGCUGCAGCGGUGAAGGCCGCUGAUGCUGCUGUUGAGAAGUUCUUGGCCGAAGGCUGGAAAGCCGACGAGCACUUGCCCUGGUGUUAUGAGGUCGUGGUGGCCAAGCUCGAGGACUGGGGGCAAAACUCCCCUGCCGGCCAAGAGUAUUUUGAGCGCGAGAUGUCCGUGUAUUACAAUAUGGGCCAACAUCGGAUGCAAAGGCUCCUCUAUCGGCGGCUGAGUCGUGCUUUCAAAGCGCUGAACUAUACCCGGGGGUGGGCCAGGCGGAACCUACAGCUUCCCAAGCUGAUGAAGGAUCCGGAGGAGCAGGUUAAACUUCCCCUUUGUGACAGGCAGGCUCAGAUAGAUAGUUCUGGCCUCGGCGAACCAGACUAUGGUGAAGAUGAUGUCCUGGCCGACACCGCCACUUCUGCUGUAGAGGCCGGCUUAGAUGCCGAGGCCGAGAAUGAUGCCCAGUUCACCGUUGAUCAGAAUGUUGCGGGUCAGGCUGCCGGUGAGGGCGCUCAGGAGGCUUGAUCAGCCAUAACUUAUUUUGCCUUGUAAUUAGUAGUUUUUUGUUUUUACCGUCUGAAUGUAAUGGCCAAAAUGCCCUCCUAUGUAAUGACUUCAUGAAUGAAAUGUGCAAUGUUUCCGGCCUUAUUCUGUCUUCUCGUCGUCUUGUUCUCCUUUUGCUUUUGUUCUCAAUUUUUUCAAAAUUUUUCUAAGUGUUUGGAAUUGGGACUUAGGUAAUUUUUAUAAGUGCCAAGGUUUCAAGUGAGUGGGUGUCCGCGUCUUCUUGCCAUCACGCCCCCUUUUUCUUUUGCCCGAGACUGGAAAAUUUUCUAAGUGUUGAACUAACUAUAUGCCACACUUGGUGAUCUCGUCGGCCCAACCACCCUCGUUUCACCCAACCACUUGGUUAGGAUUCUAUAGGUGCAUGCCCCGUCCUUCACACUUUCCUCGUAGCGGGUGGCCGCUUCGUCCGUGUUACCUGUUAGUGGUGUUACAUUUGUAUUCAACUGAUAUGUACUUAGCCAAAUGUGUGGCUUGAUUCGUGGGGAUUGUUUUUACUGCUCGAGGCCAGCAAGUGCGUGCGGUCCUCGGUUUCCCUCUUUUUUUUCGUUCCCUAUUUCGGGGAGUGUCCUUCUUUCAGGCUUCGACCGAAGGGGUCGAUAGUCCUCCGGCCGGUUUGGACUUCGUUUAUAACAUCCAUGGUCUCAGGGGGGUCCCAUCGCCUAUUUAUGACGCGAGCUAGACUUUUGGUUGGUUUCCAAUGGCUGUCGUUGCCCAACCCUGAGUUUUGGGGAUUUUGUCACCUCGGCCAUGAUUUCAGGCUUGUCGUCCUGCGAUCAGGCACGUGGACGACGCGGUGAACUUCCCAUUUCAAGACGCGGGCCGUUUGCGGGCCCGUCGUCCUGGGGACAUCGUCGGCCCUGUCUGAUAGUUUUCCUCUGAGGGGCCGAUACGACGUGCUCUUUCAGCUGGGCCUAAACCUUUCGCUGAUACGAAAUACAAUGGAGCAUACCUGAGCCUUUCGCUCUAAGGCUGCAGAUGCGAAGUGCCACAUCGGCCAUACCUGAGCCUUUCGCUCUAAGGUGGCCGAUGAGGGCACCCGUUAAAAUUUUACUUGAAUUCCGAAAAAUCAAGGGAAACAUGACUUUUAUUCAUAAGUGGCUCGAGGCCGAGGGUGGUGUUCAAUUAAUUAUCCGUCAAGGGGUGAGGGCUUCGCCGACUGCACCUCCUUCGGAUUAUUGAUAAAACUUUACCAGAUGGUGUACAUUCCACGUUCGUGGUACAUUGGUCCCAUUUGGGCGUUUAAGCUUGUAGGUGCCAGGUUUUACCACGACACUGACGAUGUAGGGACCUUCAUAUUUCAAGGCUAGCUUGCCCCCUUCCGUCGGCUGACUUGCUUCCCUUCGGCGGAGGACGUAGUCCCCCACUUGGAACUCUCGGGAACGUACCUGUAACACCCCGGCCUUGCAGGACCCGAGGUAGCUACUCUAGACCAAUAAUACUGUCCUCACAAACCACCACGAGCCUUUACCGCGCACUUUGUCCUCACUCAUGCGCGCCCUGAGAAACUUCCCAGGGGGUCACCCAUCCCAAGACUACUCUCGUGCAAGCACGCUUAACUUUGGAGUUCUUGGGUGAUGAGCUCCCUUAAAAGGAGAUGCACCUCUGUUGGUAUGAGUAGUACUAUUAAUCCAUUUAUAUUAAAUCUCAAGUGUUACAAUCACCCCCACUUAGGAUCGCAACGUCCUCGUUGCGUCCUUGAACCAAUCUCAAAUCUCAAUCAAAUCAUAUCCCAGAAUCUUCCCCCGCUAGGUGCCCGCCCGAUAUCCAACGGGUCAUCACACUGUCGUGGGGUUGCUCUGAUACCACCUGUAACACCCCGGCCUCGCAGGACCCGAGGUAGCUACUCUAGACCAAUAGUACUGUCCUCACAAACCACCACGAGCCUUUACCGCGCACUUUGUCCUCACUCAUGCGCGCCCUGAGAAACUUCCCAGGGGGUCACCCAUCCCAAGACUACUCUCGUGCAAGCACGCUUAACUUUGGAGUUCUUGGGUGAUGAGCUCCCUUAAAAGGAGAUGCACCUCUGUUGGUAUGAGUAGUACUAUUAAUCCGUUUAUAUUAAAUCUCAAGUGUUACAGUACCUUGGCGCCAUAGUAAGAUUUCACUUGACGCCGGUAGUUCUCCGCCCGGAUGAAUGUUU